AUGGCAUCCAAGCGCAUCAUCAAGGAGCUUGGCGAAUGCCAAUCGUCGCCUCCACCAGAUAUCACCAUCUCGUACAGCGAAGCCGACAUCCACAAGUGGAAUAUCGCACUUGUUGGUCCCGAGGGUUCGGCGUACCAGGGCGGCACCUUCAACCUUACCCUGUCGCUUCCACCCGACUAUCCUUUCAAGGCACCUGUGGUCAAUUUCACGACGCGCAUCUACCACCCUAAUAUCACUAACGACUCCAUGGGAAAUAUCUGCCUCUCGAUCCUCAAGGCCGAGAACUGGAAGCCCGCUAGCCGCAUCAAGGGCGUCCUCGAGGCUGUACGCAAUCUGCUGAUUGAGCCUCAGCCCGAUGAUCCUCUCGAGGCCCGUAUCGCCGACGAGUACAAGAACGAUCGCGCAAGCUUUGAAAAGAACGCGAAGCAGUACGUCGACAGAUAUGCAAAGGGGGAGGUCAAGAAGUGA